AUGGCGAUGAUGACGAUAACAAAUAACAUGCUGGCCUUCGUCCUUCUAUCUUUAGGUUGGCACACCCAAUUUUGGUCUUUUUAUUUACGUUUGUGUCAACUUCUUGAAUUUUAUGAUUGUGAACCAAAGCUAGAGGGUGGAAGAGGAAAUGGAGUACCCCCAACAACCACUGCCAAACCACCAAGUGUUGUGUACCAUGUAAACAAUUCCAAGGAAGUUUGCAUUUUGAUGUCUGCUGAUGUUACGAUCGUUUUGUACGAUAAAAUCGUAAACAAAACCAAAGAGGCUCCAGUACAAAAAAUUGAUGAGGUGUCUGGUGAUUGCGGCCCGGCUAACUCAUCUGCUCAGUUCAUUAAAUUAACAUUCUUCAGCGACUGGUCACUGAAAUUUGUUUUUGCGCAAGUUGAUAACAAAAAUUAUCGCACUAGUGAGGUCAGGUUGGAAUAUGACACACAGACGUUUCCUGCCGAUGAGUUGCCGUUUAAAAUAAAUUCGUCAAUGACUCUAAAUGUAACUGAUUAUGGUAAUUUGAAUGGACAAGAGUACAUUUGUGAUGCCGGACUGGAGUUAUCUGGAACCCUCCCAGCCUGGAACACCACCACCAUCACUGCUAUUAUCAAGAACAUUAAACUGGAAGCUUUCAGGCAUAAUAUAACCACUUUAAAUUUUAACACUAAUGGAGUGAAGAAUUGUGCAUCAAGUGAUUCAAAUACCUUGAUUCCAAUAAUUGUUGGAUCAGUGCUGAUUGCUCUGAUCAUCAUCGUCCUCAUUGCUUAUCUCAUCAGUCGCAGAACAAGAAGAACUGGCUAUGAAUCUGUCUAA